AUGAAGUUCUUCGGUCUCGCGGUCGCCUUCCUCCCCAUCCUGGCCGCUGGUGCCCCCGUCACGAACCCCGAAGCUGAAGUAGAUGCAGAACUGGACCUUGGAAAGCGCGCAUCAGCGCAGGAUUGCAAAAUCGUCAAUGUCGACCACUAUGUCAACUGCCGGUAUGAUGCGAAGUUAGAUGCAGGCGCAAUCUUUGGGUUUCCUAAGGGAGAUAGACUCACCUUUGCGUGCUGGAAGCACGGCGAUUGCUUCAAUGGUGUUUGGUAG